UGACGUAAAGUCAACAGACUGCAAGACAACUGACUUUGUUUGCAAAAAUUUUUGACAUCAAGACAAACAGCACAGCACAGUAAUGACAGAGCAUACAACAACACAAUGUUGACUUACACAAGAUGUUUGUGUAGAAUGCACAAUUACUUUUUUAAGCAAAGUACUAGAGCAUAUCAGAUACAAAAAUUAUACUCCAAGUCGAAGAAGUCUGGCGGAAAACGGAGAAUGGACGGGUGGUUGCAAUGUGGAAAAUACGGCGUGUUUGCGUGGUCGAUAUCAGGACUAGAGACGUGUGUCGUCGUCAAGUCUGACGAACUACUUGUUGCCUUUGACAUAGGCUACGCUGUUCGAGAAAGUGUUGGAUGUAAACAUGUUUUUAUAAGUCAUGGUCACAUUGAUCAUGUGGCGGGGUUGCCCCACCACGCUGCCAAGCGGUCUCUGUAUUCAAUGUCGAAGGCUCAGUACCACGUACCCACUCACCUAAUGGAGCAGAUGAAGAGUGUUGCCGAGGGUUAUAAAGUCAUGGCAGAAACAACGGAGGUGUUAGGCCAACUCAAUAUAAUACCUCUGGAUGAUAAUGCUACAGUGUGGCUUCCAAAUGGUCAUCUAGUGAAAGCGUUCCCGACAGUGCACCGGGUGAAGAGUCAGGGUUACCUGGUGUACAAAGAACACAAGAAGCUGAAGCCCAAGUUCGUGGGUAAACCGGGUCACGAGCUAGCUGUGCUCAACAAGCAGGGGGUCGACAUCCACGACAUCACCACGGUACCCGAACUCGCAUACACAGGUGAUACCAUGAUGGAUCUCUUUCUGAAUCCACCAACCCCAGACCUGCUGAAUGUGAAGGUGCUCAUCACGGAAGCCACAUACAUUGAUAACGAGCCGGGGAAGGACAUGAUCCAGCUGGCUCGCAAACGGGGACACCAGCAUCUAGCUGAGAUCGUCCAGAACGCAGAUCUCUUCAAGAAUAUUCAACAUAUUGUGCUGAUGCACUUCUCAGACAAAUACUCCACAGAGUACAUCAGAACUCUCACCUCCGUGCAGUUACCGCCAUCUUUAAGAGAGAAAGUUUUGUUGGCCACAUGGGCAAAAGAACGAUCAUAGCUGUAGUACUAGUAUUAGAUCAUAUCUGUAAUACUUGUAUUCGUGUUAUAUAAACUAUGUCAUGCAAUAUAGUUUGAACAAUUGCGGGUAUAAGCAACAAUUUUAUAUGGUUGGUUUUUAUUUUCUAGUUUUGUUCUUUUACUGUUACAUAUAAAAGACAUUAGGAGUGCUGUUGUUUUUUUAAUACAAAUAAAAUGAAGACUUU